AUGGUGCUGCUGGUUGUGGUAGUGCUGGUGGUGGUGGUGGUGCUGCUGCUGCUGCAGAGGAUGGUGCCAGCGAUGAGUGGAAAAGUGCCCCGCAAAUCCCAACUUUCAAGUUCCUGUGAGUACGGCCUGAAACUGCUGAACCAGCUGGUCAACAAUAGGAUCUUCAUGACCAUAUUCAUACGGACGUGUGAGGAAUGCGGCAAAUUCAAUGAGAAGGACAAAAUAAGUUUGGCCGCCCUGCUGACCGUUGCCGUCUUCGACAACAUGGAGUAUUAUACUGACAUCAUAAAAGCCCUGCUGACCGAACGGAUCAAAACGUCUUCCGCACCAACCACACCCUCACCAUCAAUACCAUCACCAACACCGUCGUCGUCGUCAUCAGCCAACAACAGCAGAAACAUUCUCGACUUGUUGUUGUCUAAUUGGUUUGCAAUACUCAUGCAUAGUUAUGUUAAACAACAAGCUAGCCAGGUGUUGCAUGAACUGUUUGAGAGUUUGAGCCAGCACAUACACAGAGGUCCAGUUGAUGCGAUCACAGGUCAGUCCAAAUGGUCACUCUGUCUUCAAGAUGUUCUCAAGGUCAAACUUGAAUACAAAACAAUUACCUUAAAAAUUUGCAACACAAAAGACACGAUGAAGUUGAAUAGCCAGCACGAUUGCAACAACAUUAAUAAAAACAACAGCAGUUUCAAAAACAGCAAUUUAAACAACGACGACGACGACGACGAUGACGACGACGACAACGAGACUUAUUCAUCGUCAACAAAUCAAAACAACAACAUCACAGCAGAUUACAACAACUAUAACACAACAACUUUCAACAGCAGCAACAACAACAAAACAUCAUUCCAUCGAAACAACUACGUGAAGAUCAAAGUUUUAGACUGCGAUACAAUCUCACAAGUCAAGCACAAACUCAUUCAAGUUCUUUACAAGAAUGUUCCAUAUUCAAAGAGGCCCGACCCGGAAAAUUAUGAUCUGGUUUGGCGUCUCAACCGAUCUGGAACAGUGAAAGUUCUCCAAGACAGUGACAACUCCAAUAAGAAGGAUGGAACAAGUUACAGAUUGAAUACACUGGAACAUUACAAGGUUGAUGACGGUGCGUUCGUAUCUCUGGUCAGCAGACAGCAAGAAACUGAUCAGACAAAACACCAACAACAACACCAGCAACAAGGCAAACAUCUUCAAGGUCAUAAUCACUACCAACAGCAGCAACAGCAGCAGCGGCAUAUUGACUUAAUUCAAAGCAGCCGCAAUGAUUACUACAAACUUAAUUUGAAGCCGCCAUCGACCAGCAAUUAUUUCACAUAUUACUCUCCUCCCAACCACAGCGGCUAUGAUUACCGACACGGCGCUGAUGACGACAGCUACAACUAUUUCAGUGAUAACAACAACAACAAAAACAACAACAACAACAACCAUAAAAAUAAAAACAACAACAACAACGACGACGACAACAUGAACGAUAUCAACAGCCAGAGCAAAUCCGUGGUACAAUAUAAUGGUGCCCAUAAAAGAACAUAUUGGAACACAUAUGUCGCCAAAAAUAAAAGUGCCUCACCUUACUCACAAUCUCUCCAUGAAUCAUCAUCCUCUCACGUAGCAGCUCCAUAUCUCCUGACUAUCAAUUGCAACAGACACUGCAAGCAGAAGUAUCAUCACCUGGUGAAGCCGUCAACGUCCUCCUCAUCUUCCUCGUCCCGUUCCAACCCUCCCAUCCAUCAUAUCAAUCUCUCCAGAUUCGUCGCAUCCAAGGACCCACUGAACCAGCCAAUCAGCAAUCUCUUCAAAUGCAUCUUCAACAUCACCUCCAUCUCUCACCUCCUUCCCAUCAAGUACCUCUUCGAGUUCAUCGACAGUCACCUGGCCCCCACAAACCGUGACCUCAUCCAAGCUUGGAAAGUUCAUUGCUACCCGCUCCUGUUUUGGUGUGACGUCAUAAGUCACGUGGACAACAUUUUAGACCUUCCUUCGUCCACGCCCAUCCAUCCGUCACUCGACACCAUUGCUCAAUUACUGAUCGAGUGCUGUGCGAGUAGUAACAGUAAUGUUAGUAACUUCAGCGUCCCCGGUGGUAGUAGCACUGCUGUAGGUAGCAGUGGUAGCAGCAGUAACUACGGCGGAAAUCUUUUUGGGUUGAAGAAUAAAGACGGCAGGAGCAGAACGCAUUUUAAAAAUGUCUUCAAUAAAGAGAUUUCCAAGUUUCAACUACCAACCAAACGAUUUUACGAGUACGUGGAGAGCAUGGAUGGUGUAUGUGAAGCGGAAAUGAACCUCAUCUUCAACCAGGAAACCAAGACCUUCCAGAGCGAUUUCAGCAGAAACGAUGCUUUGCUGCAGUUGUACAGUUUCAUGAAGUGCUCACACAAUGAGAUUUAUAAAUUAACUUGUGUUAAUUCACCUGUUGAAAUAAAGUUGCUAAGAAACUUGGAGAGUGACAUCCCGGCCAGGACGUACGGUCUGCCAAUUAGGAUGAACCAGCUCCAAGUCACCAUGGCGUCUGAGAUCAGUUGCUGA